CUCAAGAGGACGUCUCCUCGUCCAGAAGGCGGCCUAACCAUUCUCUUAUUCCUCCCGACUCCAGUGAUUCCUUCCUCGGUCGCCACUUCCCAGGUUGUCCAUCCCGGCAGCAACACGCCGCCGUCCAAGGGGGGGGCAUCCAGCGGCAGACAGGCUUGUUGCGUCUUGGCAAUGGCCCCCGCGGAGCCGCACCUUCCCACCCAACGAGUCGCCGCUCUGUUGGCCAGCCUGUCCAGCGACGAUGAACGGCUGGAGAAGCCAGUGCAGAGCCUCCAAAAGAUCCGCGGAGUCCUCGCUGCCGUUGAGCUCCUUGUUGCGUGCUAUGGCAACGUGUUUGGCCGUGUCCAGGUCUUCGACUCUGUCCUGGACUUCUACGAGGACCGUCUCCCGGACUGGUUGAAGGGGAAGAAGCACUCGUGGAAUAGUCUCGUCCGGCGUCGAUCGAGCCACGGAGAAGAGCUCAAAGCCGAAGAAGACGUGGCGGUUCUUAGCCGGGAGAUUGUUAUCUUCAUCGUGCAAUUCGUGCUACGAUGCAAUGCGCGACUCGGUGACGGCUCGGCUCUCUCCUCUCCGCUCUGGGCCCUCUUUCGCCGCCUCGACAACCUGAAGAUGAACGUGGGCGCGCUGAAAAGCGCGCCGGUACAGGCCGGUGGUCGACCGGAGGUCCUACGGACAUAUGCUGCAGAGUUGAAGGAGACGUGGGAGUGCCUCUGUGUAGAAACGGGGUUGCCCCAGGACCAGAACCUGUGUGCGACUGACUUGCUCGCCCCAUCACCUUCGCGCUUCUGGGUCGACGCUUGGUGGCACGCGACAUCUGCGUGUAUCCACCGCCCUGUCCCUGUGACUAAGCCCAUCUGGGACUGGGGACCCCGCAAACGCUCCAAGCCCGGCAUGGCAAUGGCGUCCAUCAAGUUGAACAAACGCGAGUACUUCCUUGAGACAUACCGCAGGUCGUCGUCAAAGCCCAAGACUGUCAAAUGGGCCGGCAGGGAUGAGCAAGGCCACCCCAUCAUCCUAGAGCAUAAACUAUCCGUUCCAGACAAAGAGACAGACCUGAUACCCCACACGCCACAUGGCAUGUAUCUCAAGGAUCGGUCGGUGAGAUUUCCGGGCACCCAGGAAGUCGUGGUCAAGGAUCAGCAUGAUCGAAUCAUAUUUGACGGGACCACUGGACCAGAGUACUGCUUUCUCGACGCCAAGUACUCGACCCAAUUCCACCAAGAUUUGCGUGGGAGAAAAGCAGUUGCUUGCGUCGACGUCCAAGACAUCUCCUCUGACGUGUCUGCUGCACACUCGAUGAAGAUGUACCUUUGGAGAGAUACCCAGAGCUCUGACAUCCACUUCCACACUCUUUCGUAUUAUAGCCAUAAAGAGCCACAGCACGGCUCACACGGAGUCGACGGCAGAGAACUGGAAUUUCCACUACUGUGGCUCCACGGAACCGCCAAGAAAGAGUCCUCAACUUGCCUGCUGUUCCACUUUCAGUUAGAGGCUCGCAGUGACGGCGAGAAGAGAGCAGCUAAAAGGCAUUCGGGACUGUCUGUUUCUCUCCCCCUAACUGAGACUAGAAGUGCAGGGGACAUUUAUGUGCCACCGGUGUAUAAAGCCUUUUUAGCCAAGUAUAAGUCCCUAACAGUGAAUUUUGGACGCGGUACCGACUGUGAUUAUUUCAAAGAGGUUUUUGAGAAAGCCCACUACGAAGAUUCUCUUGUCCAUCUAUUGCACUGCUUACCACUCCCGAACCUAUCGCUCCGACCAAGUCCGCUACCUAGUAUAGCAAGCUCCCGUUCCACAAAUAGCUUCGCCACAGCAAGAUCAAGUGGAAGUUCCAGCCAUGAUUGGUUCUCUGACAAAUUGUCUCCGACGUGGCUGCAUUCCGCUGCUGACCCAAUCUCAUUUCCCGAUCCGUCGAUGCCAAUCACCGAACCGUCAAAACAUAUCCUCGAAGGGCCACCAAGAACCGUCAACAACGAACCGUCAAUAUCGAGACCUAUCACCGAAGAAACGACAAAGCCUGACACCGAACACUCUACUCCGUUCCCAGAUGGCCACCCUGGAAAUAUGAUUUGACCUUUGAAGAGAUUCCUCAAGGAUUGUUGGAGUAGACUUGCGAUUUGAUUCAUGGGUUUCACGGUGCAACAUGUUUUGUUUAAAUAGAGUGCUUCUAUGAUACCCUCUCACAGCAAGGCCUACGCUAGGCUUUCAGGUAGUGAGCAUGCUGCAGAAGACUUGGGCUCAAGCACCACCUGCGUCCAUUAGUUUCGCCUUGGCACGAUGAUUUUGACUACGGACUUCACAAAAAGAAGAUGGUAGCAAUUGCCUCGUGCAUACGGUCACAUAAUUGAGGAAACAAAAUUAGGAAUUCCAUCUGAGGCCUGACCACGCUGGUCCUUUAAUAUGUUUUUUCCUACACAGAAAAGUGGCACGUACUUAAC